AAGACCGUCAUUUGAUGGUGUGACUUAUUUGCCUUUAGUUGGCGACUCACCGAAACGGAUGUGAAGUUUGGUCAUCGAUCCUUCCGCUACCAGUGGCGGAAAAAGUGAUAGUUCCCUUAUUCGUUAUGUGCCUGCUCAGCAUACGAAAUGAGAGAGGUUGAGGAAGAAUUGAUUUUUAAGAAAAACAUUUUUUCUUAUUGCGUUGGGUUUUCUUUUUUAAACUCUCACUAUUUUACCUUGGUCUGGAGAUUCGAGACGAUCGUAAAUUUGUAUUGAAGGAAGCCUAUCGGCGAAUUCGGGCCUUAGAUCGCUGUCACCAGGCCGACCUUUGCUUACGAAAUACGUUAAUAUUUGCAUACCGUACAGACUACGUGCAGAAGGUCGUGUAGCGAAGUAUCCUUUCACUUUUGUAGCGUCUCUGCAACGUUAAAAGCAGUUUUCACCUUCCCCGCAGAUUUACAUGUUGUAAAGCUAUUCAUGUUGAGCUAGGGAUGAGCAAGAUCAUUCAAUCAACAGGGAAGCGGUUGCGAAAGUUGUACAACCAAAUGUUGUUACAUACUGUUUGCAACUCUCUACUCUGAAUAAGGAAUGAUCCAAAGUUGGAUGAAAUCCGAGAAAAAAACCAUGCCUGUCAGCUUAGUGAGAGAUGACUUUCUAUUCAUUGACUGUAUAACCUGAUGCUUCAUCAACUAUUACUGCAUUAGUAAGAAAUUUUACCGUGCAUUUGGUCUAAUGGUUGAGAAUUUGUCAACUAGUUGGCAAUAGUGAAUCAUGAGAAAAAUUCCGAUAGUUCUCGUUUCCCUUUUUAAAUUGAUUUGCUAACAUGAAACGGAAGUGAUUAUAUUUCUGUUUGUUCAAUUCAUGGAAAGUUUUUUUGUUUCCCUUCUGUGCAGCGAAAGUUUCACUGCUAGUGACGAAAUUACAGAGGGAGGAAAAUGUUAGAACCAGCGCCGAGUGAUGAAGGGUGACAGCACGCUUUAGUCCAGCAGAAACAUUAUUCCCACUGAUCUGAUUUGUUCUCUUCCAACGCUUCACUUCCAUACAACAGUCAUGAGUCAUUCAUACACGCUAUUAGUUGUGAUGCUAAUAGUCCACUAUGGUUCUUCUGCUCCUGCUCCUCAAUCUGGAACAAGUAACGUCGGCUCGGGGCUUACAAACUUGAAUUCCAAUUUGUUGGGUUCCAGCACCAAUCCAGGCCUUUUGAACGGUGGAUUAGGCACAGGAUUCGGAUUCAAUGGACUGAAUUCCUUCGGUGGCGGAUUUGGAAACGGCUUAGGAGGAUUUGGUUCCGGUCUUGGAACAGGAAUUGGAGUUUUCGGAUCUGGGCUUGGAGGCUUUGGAUCCGGACUUGGAGGCUUCGGAUCAGGAAUCGGAGGUUUUGGAACAGGCCUUGGAGGAGGUCUAGGAGGAUUUGGAACAGGAAUUGGUGGCUUUGGAACUGGACUUGGAGGACUUGGAGGAAUUGGAGGUUUCGGAUCGGGAUUAGGAGGAAGCGGUGGCGGCCUAGGAGGAUUUGGAUCAGGAAUUGGCGGCUUGGGGACAGGACUUGGAGGAAUCGGAGGAGGUCUAGGAGGAUUUGGAUCAGGCAUUGGAGGCUUUGGAACAGGGCUUGGUGGACUGGGUGGAAGUUUUGGAGGAAUCGGCUCCGGUUUGGGUGGUUUUGGAUUAGGAAACGGAUUGGGUGGCUUUAACAAUUUCGGUGUUGGGGGCUUAAAUGGACUGGGAUUCGGCAACAGCCUCCUCAACGGUGGUGGACUAGGAGGCAUUGGAUCUCUUAGCAGUUUUGGAGGAAACGGUUUACUGGGCACGGGCAGUCUCCUUAACAGCGGACUGCUUGGCACCACUGGCCUUAGCAAUGGACUAGGAACUGUUGGUUCCAAUUUUGGCCUCGGCAGUGGUCUCGGUCGAACGGCGCCCUUGGUAAAUCUGAUGACCGGAGGCUCUACUUUUACGUCUUCGGAUCAACAUGUCAAUAAUCUAGUUAAUCGCAUCCGUGCAAUCCAACAAGAAUUCGCGACCAAUGCUUCGUCUUCUUCCAGGUCAACAUCUUCUUUAGGCGAUAUACGAUCUUUCGAUCCUACGAACGAUAAAGAUGUGUAACCAUCACAUUCGCAGAUAUAUCUCUUCUACUGCUCUCAUAUUUGGCGUAUUAAUCGAAAACUUGUUUUCUGUUCAGUUAUAGUACUGUUUUCUUUUGUUACUCUUUAGAAUGUGUGUAACUGUGUAUUUUGUUUCGAUAUAAAUCAUGUUUGAGGCUCCCCAGAACAUCUAAUUCGAUUACAGAUUUCCAGAAUAAUUAAA